GCACAUCCUGUUGUUUUAGUCGAGUCUUCCUGCAUAAAGGUUCCUACAUGUGAUCAGUGUUCACUGAGACACACACAGAGCUCGCAGUGGACUAAAGGACCAUGUCUCCUCACGUGUCCUCACCUCGUUUAAGGCCAACAUGGAGCCCCUCUUUUUGGGUCGCCUGCAUGGUUUUGAUGUUCGGUCGGCUGCAGGCACUCGUUCCGAGCGAGGCCACUCCUCCCAAACGCUCAGAAGAACAACGCGGUUUGGGCAACACCCCCCUUUUCCCAGGAGUCCCGACCACACCGUUAACCACAACAAGCGUCAGCACUGAAGAGAAACCGCUCUCAAGCCCAUGUGACGUAUACUGCUCCUUAUGUGACGAGGCUACACUACCGACGGUCCAGUGCUACUCUGAAUUCCUUAAAAUCUGCAGACUGAAUUUACAGAAUGAGCUGGAUAAUGUCAACUCCACCGACUUGUGCGUGUGGGAUAAAGUGAAAAGUCCCUAUAACAAUUUCACCAUGUGUUCGGAGGGCAUUGCGGAGUGCUUGGCGCUCCCGUGGCCCAACAGGCUGGUGGAGGACAUGUUUGUGGAAAUCCACUCCUCCUUCUUCCAGGAGUGUCCCAUCGAGACGCUUAGGGAUCCGCCACCUAACGUCAUCUUCGCCCUCGUCAUGACCCCUAUAUGUCUUAUCCCGGCCAUGGUGGUGCUUGUCGUGCUGAAGACCAAGAACGGAGACAGAAGGUCAUAAAGCUUGACUCCAUCGUCCGGAUUAACUCCAUCUGCCCUUUUCCUGGGAAACACAAACAAACUAGGAAUCAAAACUGGUCUUCUUCUUUUAGACAUGAAACUCUUUUUUUAUUUUAUUAUUAUUAUUUUUUUUUUUUACACUAACUUGACCAAAAACCCAACAGUAGUCCUGUUUCCAUCUACCUGCUAUGCGAAUUCUGAAAUAUUGUGAAUGGAAAUGCCAAGCAGUGGCCAGCAAUCCAAGAGAGUAUAGCAACUGGUCUCUGGAUUCAAAGGAAGGCCUUGUUGUUAUUAUUUUAAUUAGUGCAGCAGUAGCCAAUCACAGGCGUUAGGUUCUGGCUUCGUGGACGUAGUUAACUAGUAUUUGCGUCUAGGCAACUACGAAUAAAAUAUCAUUAGCCGGAACAUGAAAUCUCCUUGUCCUGGGUUCUCAGGACACUGAUUUGUCGGUAUGAUUUAGUGGUAUAGAAGCGCUGCGAUAACAAUUUCUCAUGAUUAUCAUUUUAUUUGUACUUAUUUUUCCCAGAAAUUUCGCUCGACGUUUAUUUUUGCAGAGCAUCUGUAUGGAAACAGACCUACUUGAGCAAUAGUUAUCAUGCGUCACUGGUAUAUUAGGAUCUCAUAAUCAUAUCUGGAUCAACAUCUUUGUUGUUUGAAGGAAUUUUUUUAUUGGCCAUUUUUUUUUAUCCUAGCCAAAGGGGAUGAAUAAGAAUUUAAGCGUUUUUAAGCGGUAAACAUUCUUGCAGACGCUUUUAAAAAGCAGUGUUGGAUCGUCUGCGCUCGUGCUUCGACCAGCAGUUUAUUUUCGACGUUCUUUUACUCAUUCGUGCUGUCGAAUCCUGAUGCCGAUAUUAACAUUACAAUGCUGAGUGCUGGUCCAACUCUGUUAUUAACACCUUUAUAAGUCACUGAAGCCUUACUCCAUGUACUGUAAGACUAUUUUUUUUGUCCAUAGUUAGUAUUUUGAUAUGAAUUUGAGUGUCAGUCGAGUGACAAAGGCCAAUUUGCUGGCUCGGGUAUGAUUAUGAGAAAAUCUCAACGCUUAUUUUUAUGAUUUUAUGACCCAAGUCACAAGCGGUGACUAUCGGUUUUUAUAACAGGACGACUAAAAGAGAAUUUCACCCAUUUUUCCCCCCCUUUCUUUCAUAUUGAACCCAAGUGUCUGUCACUGAUACAAGAUAAAAAAAAAAAGAGCUUUGCUUCAGUAUGAACUUUUCUAAGAAUGCUUUCUGGUUCGGAAAGGAAACAAACCAUCGGGUGGAAAUUUCGACUAUCCGCAACACUUUUCGCAAUGUUUGGGUUCUCUUCAGAUUCCGGUAGCUGUCAGGAGAAACUCCCCAGGUUCUGUUGACCUCCAACAUCUGACCGAUCAGGAACAUCUAAACUAAUCAUGUUGCUGAUAAUUCAGAAACCUCUGCAUCUUGCUCGAGUAUUCUUUGCUUUGGGAUUGGACGAUGAAGGGAAGAGCUCUGUUUGUUUGUUAGUUUUAAAACAGCGAUAGCUUCAGCGAAUUUUCACCAAAAAUCGUUGAAGUCUAAUCGUAUUAAAGAGAUAAGGGACCAAUAUUGGUAUAAAUGUGCAAGCAGAGAUCCUUAUAGCCUCGUUUGCUUAUAAAUGGUUUAAAGUAGAUUGUUUUUUUUUUUUUUUACUUUUGUGGAAACAAAUACAAUAGCACCACCAAUGGUCAUAAGUGGAAAAAAAAAAACAAUACGCAAAAUGAUAUGAAGUAGAGGCUGGGGCCGAUUUCUUUCUAGCCCAGAUUGUAGAUUCACGCAGUCGAGUCGAAUGAUUGUAAUAGCGUGAUACGCUGAUUGAAAUAAAGACGAACAAGCUGGAUUACUUUCUUGAUCGCUGAUUUUUCAUACUGGGAUUAGACUCUAACUCAUUUGUCCUACGAUAUGUAAAAAAAAAACCCCAAACAAUACAGAGCAAUGAAAAACAAAACAAAACCCUGGUGUAUCGUUUCCAUUUUGUUUUGGUGGCAGACACCAAAAUUUGAUGCAAAUUAUAAAGAACAAAAUGGGUGAAAUUCCUUUAAAGGAGCAAGUGAACCGCAUAAACAUCUCAAUCGAUCAGUGUAUUUUUGUAUGACAAUGCAGCGUUCUCUCAGUCCGCAGCUCACUGAAUGUUUAAAGGUUUAACGCUUUAGUUCAACCACAAGGUUGAGAAGUAUUCAAAUCCCACGACUGCCCCUGCUGGGUCAUCGAGCCAGACGAUUAACUCUCAUCCGUGGGUCUCAUUUGUAAGCCUUUGGCCACUUUGGUGCAACAAUCAGAGUAAUUUAGCACGGUAGAGAUGAAAGGUGAAGGGUCAGAGAGGUGGCGUGGGAACACUGUUAACUGGAAAAGCAGCUGGAAUGAAGGCUGUGUGCUUACCUGUGUGAAUCUGAAUAAAAAGGUCUCAGUUCAAGGUCUGACAUGGGAUAAAAUAAGAGAUAUGUUUAUACGUAGAAAUUGUUUUACUGUUCCAUGUAAUUGUCUUUAAAUGUACUUUGCACAAUUUUUUAUUUUUUUUUGAACGACUCUGAAAGUGUGUGCUUUCGUUGAAUCUGUGUUUUUGAGCUGCUCUGUCUUGUGGUAUGGCCUCACUAACAAUCUGUGAAUCAUUUUAUACUGUUCCUCUGGAAGCACUUUUACAAUUACAACUUUUACAAAGACAUACAAUUAAACCGUACCUUUUUAAUGCGA